CACACAUUAUUGACGCCAGCUCAUCCAUAACUUCGCAACAGAGGUGCGCUACAUCGCCCAAAAAUUCGCCAAUGCGAUCCUGGCAGAUGCAUCCCCAUAUGUUAUCUCAAACGACGGUCUUCAGGCUCUGAAUGCGUUCUUGGACGAGCUCCUUUUCAUUCUGAUCGAUACCGCCAAGGGACUUGAGACCAGCCGCAUCAAGGCUUCUGUCUACCAAACAUUCCCUACAGCGCUCGGCAAGAAUGCCAUUGUCGAGGCAGAACUAGAGGCCAAGAGCUAUAUCGACAUGGGAGGCAAAGAUACCAGCAAUCACAUGGGCAGCUCGGGUCAAUCUGGCACCUCUGCUAUGUUCAAUGCAGAUUCGGACGAAACUCGCGUCGAACAGGUGUUUGAGCAGUUCCGCGCCAAAUGCCAGUACUACAGCAAACUGGGCGAGCGCCUAGGUUCACCCGCCGGAAAUCCCAACAACGCAAUAGUGGUUCCCACAUUGAUUGCCAUCUAUGUCACAGCCGUACUGGAACAUGUGGCCGAGUACGUGCUCCAGGUUGCCUCGACCAUUGCAGAUCGGCAGGAUCAUGCGGACAUGGUCACCGUUCGUGAGGUCUAUGUCGCUUUGCAGGAGGACCGGCAGAUCGAAAGCACCUUCGAGACCAUGAUCUUGAAGAACCAGCUCCAGAAACGUUUCCGCAACUCGCUCAUCAUGCCAGGAACGGGCUCUAAACCUGAGGAAUCGACGCCUGCAACUGUUAAACGAUCGGGAAGCUGGGGAAAGCAGCUGCGACUAGGAAAUGCAGACAAGCCAAAACUGGAUGUUCAGCUACCCACGGACGUGGAUGAGGAUGACAUCCCUAUCGAUCCUAAUCGUCCUCAGUUUGGAGACUGGGACAUGCCUCCAGAUGAGGAGAGCAAGAUGAAAAAGAAGAAUGACUUUGAGAUGCUGUUCAGUUCUGGAGAGACCAUGAAGGUGUCGCUCACACCCAACCGUCUCCGUACGAUCGAAGUCCACCGCAAGGCUGCAGGACCAGGAGGCAACGUCGCGACCCGGUCUUCAUCUCGUGCCGCUUCUGUACUCGGGGGAAGAGAAGGCAAAUCCCAUGGUCGUCGACCUAGCAAUAUAACGGGAGCAAACAACAGCAGUAACGGUCCUUCGUCCCGGAAAAAUAACCAUGGCGCCUCGACAACGGAUCUCCACGCCCCUCCUCCCUAUGUCCCAGCAACACCAAGUGUACCCACUAUCCCUGCCAACAUUGGCGUCUCUCAGCCCAUCGUCAGAAAGCAAGGUCAGCAGUCUACCUCGACAACAGAACCGCCAGUCACCUCGCUGCCACAACAGCAAGCACAACAACCAAGCAGUCAGCCGCCAGAAUACUAUGGCCUCGGCAUUGCAGAUAGUAGUGCCAGGAAAACGAACCAACAGGACAAGAUGGAAGAUGUACGAGGCUCAACAUCAACAGCUGAAUCGCAGCUCACAUUGUCUACCGCUGGCGGCUCGACCAUGGCACCUCUCUCGCCUGUUACAUCCCGCAGCCCUGUUUCGCUCUCUGGGGUCCGACAAGGCGAUGGCAGCUCAAAGACGACUGUGCAGGCCACGAAUGAAUUGGCACAAUUCUUGAGCAAUUCGUCCCCCAAGACAUCAUACUCAGAACAGGUUGUUCAGAAUGAGCCGCCGAUGACUCCUACCUCAGAGACCGGCAGCAUGAAGAAGGAAAAUCCAAUUAAGAGCUUUAUGGGCCGUCUGGGUCGUAAUUCUAUCCAACGGACAUCAAUGGAUAGCAACAACAGCAAUGCUGCCAGCUCACCCACCUCUAUCCGAAGCUUUACUAUUACAGGCGGUGCGUCAGAGUCGACAAACGGUAGUGUUUACAGCGGACAUUCGGGUCAGACAUCAAUGACACCCUCAACGCCAACUCCACCAGCAUCUCAUCAUUUGGAGCGCCAAGGACCAUCUCUAAGCGCCUACGACGCUGCUCUGCAGCAGCAGCAGCAGCAGCAGCAGCAGCCCAUGGCUGUGGCACCAAGCAGGGUUCUUUCCCAGGACUCACGUGCGAACUAUGUCGCUAACUCUGGAUUCCCAAUGCCUCCCGAUACUAAUAACCGCGGUAUGAGCACAUCGACCAACACCCCCCCCUCGUCUUUAAGCAGGAAUGCAGGCAUCCCGCAACCAACCAGCCCAGCCCCCAUGCAGUACCCCAGCAGCCCGACUCCUCACUCACCUGUGCAGUCCUCUCGACCCAUGAGCCCCGAGAGCGGCAACAACGGUAUCCCCAUCCCAUCGCGCAACGCUUCUCUGGGCCAAGAUGUCGCCUCGCCCACUAAGGCAUCGUUCACCAUUAACACCAACAACAGUUACGACUCUACCCAACGCUCAGGAAUCGAGGCCGGUCUUCCUCGUCCUCUUUCCCCAAGACCCAACUCCCCCCGCUCCAGUUCUCCACGCCCCAUCCCCUCUCGUCCACGGUCACCCCUUCAGUCGCCUCAGCACCAUUACCGCAACAAUCCUAUGGAUGGACAAGCAGCGCCAUCAACCCCUGGCGGUAUCAUUUCGCCCUCGCCAUUGUCGUACUCGAUCUCCUCUUCUGGCGCGAAUGUCAGUCCCUCAGGCAGCAGCACCAGCUUGAUCAUGCACGGUAAAGUGUCGUAUAUACAGGAGCGACUUUCAAAGACGACCCAGCAACCAACGCAUGGAUUCAAAUCUCAGGAUCAUUUGCAGAAUCAUCCAAAUCGCAUAUCGCUGGAGGGUACCAUCCGAGCCAAUCCGUUCUAUCAGCAGGAUCGCAAUUCCUCGGUGCGCUCGAGUCUUGCAGACCUAUCGUCCUCCUCUAGCUCGAGUAUCAAUUCUACAGAGAUCGCGACGCACGGUUUGAAGAACACGGGUGCUUCGCCCUCGGCUCUUGCGCAAAAGAUCGAGGCUUCAAGACUGGCAGCAGCAAGCAGUAAAGCACCCGCUUCUGCGUCUGCAAAUUCAGCCAAGGCACCGGCUGCGUCGUUCACGAGUGAUUCUGAGGUUGACAGGGACGUUAUGGACUCGCCCGCUACCUCGCCAGAGAUGGACACCCUGAAAAAUCGUCUGCCCUCUGCGACCACGAGAACUCUGACGGCCGCAGCUGUGGCUGCCAAACAACAAAACAAUCAGUUCAAGGUCGGUGACGCGACGAACCAGGAGCAGGAGCAGGAACAUGAGGAUGGACAGGUUUCUUCGACCAGGAAGCGAUCGAGCGUCGUCUCCAUGAACGGCGCUACCAACCGUCAAUUCCACAUCUACGGAGACAAUAAACCAACUGUGGAUGAACAAGACGAGCAAGAUGAGCAAGACGAGCAGGACGAGGAAGACGAGGAAGACGAGGAGAAGGUGCCGUAUGUUGCCCCAGUCCCACGUAAUACCUCAUCUGCCAACCGCCAUUCUAUCUUCGUCGAUGAGGCUGCAGAUGCCAUGGAUGCGCUUUCAAGGGCGCGACACCGCCAGAGCAUGCGUCUUGAGAACGGGGACUCUGGACCUGAUGACGAAGAUGAAGACGAGGAGUAUGACAUGACCCAUGGCAUUGCCCCACCCGAGAAGUGGCACUACUCUGAGGAAGACGAGGAGGAGGAAGAGGAAGACGAGGAUGAUGAAGAUGAGGAGUACACCGAGGAUGGUGAGCGUAGACGCAAGAAGCACGAGUCGUUCAUGUCGGCCAAGAGUGUGCUUCACAAUGGCUCAUCAGUGAGCCUGGUGGGCAAUCAUGAUACCCAAGACGACGACGAAGAGGACGAGGACGAGGACGAGAAACUUCAGGAGCAAAUCAGGGAACAGCUGAUUCGAUCCCUGGACGUGCAACAGGCGUCGACUAGUAGCCACGAUUUGGCAUCCAGCGAACACACAUAUUUUGCCCCCGCUGUUACGUCCGAGGGCGACGGCCAGAACGGGGAGGAUGAGGAUGAGAGCGAGGACUCUGAGGAUCUGGAGGACAAUGACGACGAGGAAGGCCAGGACCGGAGGAUCUAUUUGCAACAGCUCAGGGCUAAGGAACGCGAGGCCCGUCGGCUGGCGCGACUGGCUGCUGGUGAAUCGGGAGAUAUCUCCAAGAAGGGCUCGUUGCGCAAAGGCAAAGCAGCUGCCUUAGCCGGCGACGCUGCCAGCAUCAUCACAGAGAGCUCAAUCAUCGCUGCGGGCACGAAGAAGAAGACGCUCAAGAAGGGCCACUCAAAGGAGAACCUUCGUUCGCAACAGGAUCGUCCACAGACCCCUACGACCCCGGUCCCGACCACGCAGGUGAUCCCCCUUACGCCUACGGAUUUGGUCCUAAUUCGCCAAAAAUUGUUUGCGGCUGGCAACUUCGAGGCAUCGAUGCGAAUGCUCGACACGAUCUUCCAUGCAGCUAUGGCGAAGAUGGUCGAGGGCCGCGAGCGUGGUGUUCAGACCGAACCUGUUUCAUUUUUGGAGGGUGCUGAGGUUUCGGAGGAGAUCCAGAAGGCUGAGAAGAAGGAUAUUUCCACAUCGACCUCAACAGCAGCCGUAACCGAGCAGAACCAAUCCCAAAAGCAACUCCAAUGGGUCACUGUCCCUGCAGAGCAGGUCCCAGCACAAGUGGAGGAUGAUGACGAUGAAGAUCGCGUUGUUGAAUGGCUCCUUGGAGGCGUCUAGGCGUCAUGAAAGACUUCCGUUUUCAAUAGUAUCGUCACACGUAAUAUAAUUUCUAUACAUAUUUGAUGAUUGCUGAAUAAACAUUUAUGACC